AUGGGUAACCUACAGUUUUCUUCUUCUUCUUCUUCACUUCGUAAAGACGUUUCAAAUUCGUCAAGGCGUUCCUCAGAGAGUGCCAUCUCCUAUUCCUCCUCGAUCAUCCAAACUCGCCCAAAGGUUCAAUACUCAGAAAAGCCAUCGGUUCAAGAGGAAGAUGAUGAUGAAUCGAUGGUGUUCAAGCACAUUUCUCUUUUAAAGGAACCCAGAAAUAAGAACUUCCUUAAAAGAUCAUCACCACCACCUCAACAUCAUCAGAGCCAUGAUUUGGAAUCAUCCCUUCCAAUCCUUCGCUCAAAAGCCUGCAUGAACAACAACAACAACUCGGAUCAUGGUUCUUUCGAUGGGAAUUGGAGAUCAUCCCUUCAUUCCACGAUCACAAGAUUUGGAUCAUUACCAUCCAAGUUUAAAACAAAUAACAAGACCUAUCCCUUUAUGGAUGAAGACGAGGAGAAGGUCAUUCAGAAAAUCACAUUGAACCACUCGCAUCCCCGACGUAAAAAGAACAACACGACCAUCUUUCUUGGUUCUAAAGAGGAGAAGAAGAAGAAUGAAACCCAGAUCAAGAUCUCCUCAUCCAUCGUUGUUCCUUCUCUCCUUCGUAAGGAGGAAAGUAGUAGUAGUGAAAGCAGUAGUGACAGCGAGGAUGAGAAGGAAGGAAUUGAGAAAACAAACAUUGAACGUGGAAUUCUUCCUCAUUCAAGAGAAGCUUUCCAAUGGUUAUUCAAGAAUUCAGAGCAAUUGUUUGACGAGCUGGAUCUUGGAAAUUCGUCCAGAUCAAGAAGAAAAUCAGACAGUGGUGUGGGUAGUAACAGUAGUAAUGAUCGAUGUCUGAACUUGUCUGAAUCUUCGAUACACAAACAUCAGUCAGUUCCAAAUUUCAAACCUUCUCUUUAUCAUUCUCCUCCCAGAAAGCGACCAUUUUGUCCAUUCCGAACACCACAAUCAUCAAUGGAAUCCGCUCCGUUGUUUAAUCUUGGGAAUGAUGAAAUUGCUAUCAUUGUGACAAGUCAUCCAAAUAAUGUGAUAUUAUCCAAUACGGAAAUGGAUUCUACAACCUUAUUCAAAAGAAAGCAUGUGCAAAGAACGAGCGUCAAACGAUGA